AUGACAACAAUUAAUCCGUCUAAGCUGGAUUGGUAUCAGACAGCUGAUACCGUUACAAUAACUAUCAAGCUAAAAGGGGUUGAUCCAAGUACUGGUGUAGAUGUUGCGGAAUUUAGUGAGAGGUCAGUGAGGGUAGGCAUCAAUCAUGAGAAUAAAGGGAGUAUUGAACACUACCUACUACAGUUGGACCUAUGGGGCUCCAUAAAGGGUGAUAAGGCAACAUACGAGGUAACACCAUAUAAGGUGGUGUUAUAUCUACCUAAAGAUGACCAACAACAACAAUGGUAUUAUGACCACUGUGGUCCUCGUAUAGUGUCGACUACUUCGUCAUCAUCAUCAACAACAACAGUGCCUGCUCCUAAGGCGGAUAGCACUAGUAGUAGCUAUCCCUCCUCAUCUAAAGUGCAUCGGGACUGGUCAGCUAUAGACAAGAUGUGUGAGGAGGAGCUCAAGGGGGAGAAGGAGAAUGGCGAUGCUGCAUUGAAUGCAUUAUUCCGUCAAAUAUACGCCGGUGCUGAUGAUAAUACUAGACGGGCCAUGGUGAAGAGCUUUCAGACGUCUGGAGGUACUGUACUGUCAACCAACUGGGAUGAGGUUGGUAAGGCUGAUUAUGAAGGGAAGGACAGACCGGAUGCCCCGGAUGGUCAAGAGUGGCGAAAGUGGUAG